AGCUUCAAGUACUGAGUCCAAGUGAACCUGUUGCUUCCUGCCCUUGCCCCUGGACUUUUGUCACACAUAAUUUACUCUCAGCAAUUUGAUCACCCGGCAACAUGUCCCUCGAUACACGCUCGGUCACCUCAAGGACUUCCAAGCAGGAUCUUGCGGGUGGUAUCUCAGUCCACUCUCAGGAAGCCAGAGACACCGACAACUGGGAUAUCCGCCCUCCCAUUGACUGGUCGUCGUUCGAUGCCUUCACUCGUACGAUUUGGGACCGCUGGGAGAGUAUCUGGACGAAACGGUUCAUCCUGUCCUUGUUAGCCGGCCAGCUCGUUUCAUUCUGCAUCACAGUCACGAAUAUCACCACCACCGAGCUUGUCAAUCGCAAUUGGACUUUAUCGACGACUCAGACCUGGUUCUUGUACUUCUCCAUCUUCUCCGUCUACACGCCAUAUACAAUCUAUCAGUAUGGGCUCAAGGGCUGGGGCCGUAUGAUUGCGAAGGAUGGGUGGAAAUACUUCAUUUUGGCAGCCUGUGAUGUGGAAGGCAACUUCCUUGUGGUCAAGGCGUAUAACUACACAGAUCUGUUAUCGUGCAUGCUCUUGGACGCUUGGGCCAUACCAGUUUGUCUUUUCUUCUGCUGGAUAUAUAUGCGAACCAAGUACCACUGGACUCAGCUGCUCGGUGUCCUUGUGUGCAUAGGAGGACUCGGAAUGCUUGUUGCAUCUGACAUGCUUACAGACAAAAACUAUCCUGCUCUCAGUCGUGGCAAGGGUGACGCCUUCAUGAUCGUUGGUGCUACCCUAUACGGAUUCACUAAUGCAACAGAGGAGUUUUUCGUGAGGAGACGCCCUUUGUACGAGGUGGUCGGACAACUUGGAAUGUGGGGCACGCUCAUCAACGGCAUUCAGGCUGCCGGUCUCGAGCAUGCCGCAAUGAAGACCGCCACUUGGAACGGCGCCACUAUCGGAUUCCUCGUCGCGUACACUGCAGCAAUGUUCAUACUUUACACUACUGCCCCACUGCUGUAUCGCAUGGCGUCAUCUUCGUUCUACAAUAUCAGCUUGCUGACCAGUGACUUCUAUGGGCUGAUCUUCGGUCUCAUCCUCUUCCACUACCAUCCUUUCUGGCUGUACUUCCCUGCUUUUGUGGUUGUUCUUUUUGGCCUUGUCAUCUACUUCUGGCAUGCUACGCCGGAAGAGCAAGGGAAGCUUAACCCCCAACGUCCCGCAUAUGUCAAUCGGCUGCAGGUGGACUCUGAAUCAGCAGGACAUGUUUAAGGGAGGGACUAUAUAUCCACAGAAUGUAGAUAGAUCUAAAAGCACAUAUCAUGGUGUCUGUAUAUCUUCCGCGUUUCAGUGGGUAGGGACUAUCGAGGCUCCUAAUGCUAUCUGAAGUACAACGUACAAUGGUGAAAGCGAAACUCAUAACAGCGAGAACAAUGAACGGCAGCGCCACCGAUGGCACAACGACAUGUCAUGUAAAGAGAUGAUAGUAAACAAUGCGUGUAAUACGGAUUCUUCACGAGUCAAUUCAAGAUCCAGUAAAGCAAUGGCUGUGGACGGUCGACGACCUUGCAGAAUGCAGGUUCCGAAAGGUAAUUUAGACAUAUCGGCGGGGCUCUUUCUUGGCACGCUCGAGCUCGUCCUCGUAUUGCUUCUGCUGCUGUUCUCUCAGAGCACGAUGUUCGGCGAGUUUCCCCUUCAUUGAUUCGACGGUGGACAAAAUGGAGUCGAGCGUCGAUUCUGACAUCUCGACCAUAGUGUCUUGGGCGCGGCGCUGUAGCUCACGCAGGCGCUCCUUAUCCUCCUCCCAUUCCUUUUGGUUCCAGCCGAACGUACCAUCUGAGCUCUGGCCGGUGUUUGCCCAUGCCCAGCGUGGUGGCUGAGGGGGGGUUGGCUGCAUACCGUUACCAAAUUGCGAAGGGAAGGCAGCAGAGGUUGAAAGAGAAGGUGCGGGUGCGUUGCCCGAGGGCACAGACGCAUCAGAUUGGAUGGUGGCAGCAGCCUGUUGCUGUGCUUGCACGUCUUCGAUGCGACGGCGGUUGGCGUGCGAGACACAAUGCCAGUAGUGACCAUGAGCGUGCAUCUCGUGCGAGCGAUGCCAAUAUGUGGCAGCGCCAGCACCGAUAAUGAACCAAAGCAAGCGAGACGGCCCACCCCGGCGGAAGUGAUGAUGGUGGAAGAAUCCGUGGUGGAAGGGAUGCAUUGUGGUUGUUGGCUAGAUCAAGUUGAGUAGGAGGCUUAAGUCGGGGAAACUAAGCGG